CCAUUCCUUUUAUUUUUGACAGAAAAAUACAAAAAGCAAAAUAAAAAAAGGGGGAGGAAGACAGAUUGGAUUGCCAGAAACCUGGCAGUUUUUGGUCUAAUUUGGCUGUUUGAUUUCUUUGAAAAUGAGAAACUUUUUGUGGGUUUGGUAAGUUUUCCAAACAAAGGGAUUUAUUUAUUUAUUGAAAUUUGAAGACUUGAUUUUGGGGAGACUCGUUGACAUAGUUGAAACAAACAUUUCUAGAGAGAGAAAGGAAACAGAGUUUUAGAGAGAGAAAGGAAACAGAGUUUUAGAGAGAGAAAGAGACGAAAAUGGGUUCUUAUGGGAAAUUAGCAAGGAGGGCUUUGGAGACUGAAUCACCAGUUAUGGUUCAGAUACAAGAAUUAUACAGGACUACCAAAGAUGCUGUAUCCUUGGCUCAGGGUGUAGUACAUUGGCAGCCACCAAAACAAGCAUUGAACAAAGUAAAGGAGCUUGUAUGUGAGCCUAAAAUCAGUCGAUACGGUGCUGAUGAAGGUAUCCCUGAGCUAAGAGACGCACUGAUGCAAAAGUUGCGAACAGAGAACAAGCUGAACAAAUCAAAAGUCAUGGUUACAGCUGGCGCAAAUCAGGGAUUUGUGAAUCUUGUUCUUGCACUAUGUGAUGCUGGAGAUUCCGUGGUCAUGUUCGCUCCAUAUUACUUCAAUGCAUACAUGUCCUUUCAAAUGACUGGUGUAAGCAACAUACUAGUUGGUCCUGGUGAUCCGAAGACUCUGUACCCAGAUGCAGACUGGCUAGAGCAGACUCUCAAGACAAACCCACCACCAAAGGUGGUCACAGUUGUUAACCCGGGUAAUCCAUCAGGGACGUACGUACCAGAACCUCUCCUCAAGAGAAUAUCCGAUCUUUGUAGAGAUGCUGGCUCUUGGCUCAUUGUAGAUAAUACCUAUGAAUAUUUUAUGUAUGACGGUCGGAAGCACUCGUGUGUAGAAGGAGAUCACAUAGUCAACCUUUUUUCUUUCUCAAAAGCCUUCGGAAUGAUGGGAUGGCGUGUUGGAUAUAUAGCAUACCCAGCAGGAGUAGACGGGUUCAUAGAUCAACUGCUAAAGGUGCAAGAUAACAUUCCGAUUUGUGCAUCAAUAAUAUCACAACACCUAGCACUUUUCUCCAUGGAAGUAGGAACAGAUUGGGUGAAGGACCAAGUUAAGGACUUAGUCAAGAAUAGAGAUCUUAUAAAGGAAGCACUUUCUCUCCUAGGCGAGGGUGCCGUGAAAGGGGGAGAAGGCGCAAUCUAUCUAUGGGUAAAGCUUCCGAAUGAGUUUCAAGAUGAUUUUGAGAUUGUACGGUGGCUUGCUCGUAGGCAUAAGGUGGUGUUGAUCCCGGGAAGCGCGUGUGGAUGCCCGGGACAUUUCAGGAUAUCCUUUGGUGGUAUGCCGGAAGAUGAAACUGCUGUUGCUGCAGAGAGGCUCAGAAAAGGGUUGGAGGAGUUGUUGAGAGAUGGAAUGGUGGAGGGAUGAUUGAAGUUCUUUUUUUUUUGAGUAUAUUUGUCAUUUUGAACAUUGAAUGAAAGAGAGCAAGUUGUUACUAACUUGUUACUAUGUAUUGACUUGUAUAGAAUGUCCAAAUUUUCCCUCCAAAGGGAACAUAGUUGAGGUUAAAAUAUUGGAAGAUAUGGUUUUCUAAUGGUUUUAUACAACAAUAUAUGAUUACAAAUGAGUAAAAGAAUGGAAAAAUUGUCAAAAAAAUUGUGUUGUU